CUCUCUCUCUCUCUUUCUCUCUCUUUCUCUUUUCUUUACCUCUCUUUUUUUCUUUUACUUUCUUUUUAUUGUUCACUUCUUUCAUUCUAUAUGAACAAUCUAUGCACAUCAUAAUGUCAAACUACAAAAAUUGGCAGUCAAAUUCGACUUGUAUGCUACUGUCUUUACCAAAAGAACUUUUAUUAGAAAUUAUCACCUGCGUCGCUUUGGAAUCGACUCAUCAUCAUCAAUUGUUCCCAACGUCAUUAUUAGAACUCUCUCAAUGUUGUAAAUAUUUAUAUCACCUUGUACAUAAAGACCCUUGGAAGUCACACACCCUAUGGCCUCGCGCAUUUCAACACCGUUUUGAUACAACUGCCAUUUAUCGCCGUAGAUUGAAUCAUACACUUAACUGGAAAGCUGUGCUUCAAAAGCGAUCUAUAGCUCUUUAUCAAUGUCGCUCAUUUGCUCUCCAGCCGAAAAAAAUCGAACUGUUAGACAAGAUUGAUUGGGAAAUCAUAUGGGACAUAUUAACUGAACAUGAUCAAUACAACAUUCCCCAUCUUUUAGACUAUCGAGUUGAAUAUGCUGCUGGUACUCUAUUUCAAUUGGGUCUCUACCGCGAUCGAGAAGUUUAUCCUGUGGUGUUACCUAUUCUGUCUUUGCUUGUCAAUUAUGACUUUUCAAUCACUCGAUUCUUUUGUUCAAAAGAUGUCAUUGUAUCAAACGAACUAAGUCAAUUUGCCUAUAAUUUUGAAGCAGACGCCCUUAUUACACAACAUACGCCUCUCAGAUAUUUCCAUUCUUGGACUUCUCCGGUUGAUCAGCAGCAACCACAACCACAACCACAACAACAACAACAACAACAACAACAGCAAACAUUAGUUAAUACUUCAUUUUAUCCUGCCCAAGACCCAUUAGCCUCUGUAUUCCACCUUUUCUUCACCACUAUUUUUGCCAACCAUCCCAAUAUUUAUCAAGCUAUUCCUGGUUGCAUUCCUAUUCCUCUUUUCCCUUUACACUCUGAAUUAUUUGAUGUUGAAUUCUUACGGCGUUAUGAAAGAAACUUGUUUUUUGCUAGUUUACAAGAAUCCCGACAAGGCUGGGAAGAUAAACAAAAACGCUCCAUUGAAUCUCGUCCUACUAUCUUGAGCAACAUCUAUGCUGACUCUGGUUUUGCUUCUGCUAGCUAUUUUGUGAGUGAAGCCCAUCUGAUUGAAGGUGAGUGGAUGGGCUACUAUACUUUUCAAGACUCCGAUGACUCAGAAGACAACAACAAUGGUAACAGUAGCAACAGUAGCACUUUAAAUCAUGCCGCAACCGAUUCAAAUGCCGCUGAAGACUGGUUUGAUGGUCCUAUGCGUAUUACUAUUAAAAUCGUUCCUCUUGAAGACGCCUCUGGUGAACCUAUUCAUCAAUCCUCUUGGCUAUCUCGAUGGCUCAAUGAUGAAGAGGACGACAAGAUCCAGGAGCCCAAUGUAGAAGAAGGCGAGCCACGAAAGAAACGAAAGCUAAACAACAACAGUAUUGCCACUUCUAUCAAUUUCUCUUCAUUGCCCUCUUGCUCUACUCAAUCAAGAGACCAAUUUCCCUCUAAACAUCUCAAGACAUGCCCCUUAACUCGAUUUGAAGGCACUGGUGUUGAUAACCUCGGUAAUUUUACUGUCACUGGGCUAGUAGAUGAUACUGAAGAAGGCCAAGUGACAUGGGAAAAAACCUAUAUAGACUCUGGCGAAACAUGGGAAUAUUCUGGCCGUUUUGCUUGGCCAAUGGGUCUUUUUGGCCGAUGGGGUGACGAAGAAUAUGGAGGUCCUUGGUGGAUGUGGAAGGUUUCUGAUAAUGAAGCUAAUCUACCUACUAUUUCUACUGCAACUAAAUAAUAAUCAUCAUACCCUCUUGUAAUAUUAACUAAUCAUACUCUACACUUUCUUCUAUAAUAAUUACAUAAGCUAUUUCUUUUCUGAAUUUACCUGACUUGCGGAAUAAAUAAUUAUGCACUAAAAUUAUCUAAUGUAAUAAAACUUAACUAUUGG